GAUCUUCCUCGUAGGUCACACGUUAACUUAAUCUAACGUUCCAACGGGAUUAGUUUCAUUUCGAUCAAUUCGCUGGAAAUGCGAAACUACGACGCUAACCAACUUCAACAGACUUUAUGGGGACACCGAUCAGCUGAUCUUCCUGAUCUUCCUCGCAGGUCACGCAUUAAGUUUAUCUAACGUUUUACCGGGAUUAGUUUCAUUUUGAUAAGUUCGUUUGAAAUGCGAAACUACGACGCUAACCAAUUUCAACAGACUUUCUAUGGAGACACCGAUCAGUUGAUCUUCGCAGGUCACGCGUUAACUUCAUCUAAGGUUACACCGGGAUUAAUUUCAUUUCGAUAAGUUCACUUUGCGAAACUACGACGCUAUCUAACUUCAACAAACUUUUUAUGGGGACAACGAUCAGUUGAUAUUCCUGGCAGGUCACGCGUUGACUUUGUCUAACGUCCCAACGGGAUUAGUUUCAUUUCGAUAAGUUCGCUUUGCGAAACUACGACGCUAACCAACUUCAGCAGACUUUUUAUGGGGACACCGAUCUGCUGAUCUUCCUCGCAGAUCACGCGUUAACUUUAUCUAACAUUCUACCGGGAUUAAUUUCAUUACGAUAAGUUCGCAAGAAGUGCGAAACUACGAUGUUAACCAACUCAGACAGAUUUUCUAUGGAAACAUUGAAUCAAAACAAACUUUCCGGUUUUGACCAAACAAAGAUGGGAAAUUUCAAGAGAAAUUCAAAAAGAAAUGGUUUGCUUGAAGUGCCCAUCAUGAUCUUCAUCAUUUUCAACCGCUUAUCCCUAUUGAUCCUUCGCCACUUCAGGAAGAUGUUCGGGUUCGAUCCCAAGGCGCUCCUAGGCAAGAUUCUGAAUUUGAUUCAGCCAUCUUGUUCUAGGUCUGCCCCGAGUUCGAAGUCUCCUCACAAUGGCUUGCAUGGCUUUUCUGGAAGUACGCUCAACUACCCAAAUUUCACACAAGUAGAUACACAAUAAAAAUUAAUACUCCAUGGAAAACAUAGGCUGCUAAUUCAAUGGUACCUAUGAUACCAUUCCUUAAACUCGAAAUGAGUCCAAAAGAAUUGAAGCGCAUACAGCAAUUGGUUAAGAUCAGUGGCAAAGACAAUCAGAACCGAUGUUUCCAUAGCUCAAUGGUUAGAACAUUCGCCUGGGUGGAGGCAGGAAUUUUUUUUGAUAACUACUUGAUGAAUUUGGGGUAUCAGUUGUUUUGAAUGGUCACCCGUCUGUGUAAAAAUACAAAAAUAUUCUAAGUAUAGGCCCUUACUGGCUAAAUCGACAAAACGAGACAUCUUUUUAUCGAAACGAUUCAUCCAACUUAUCAUUUUUUAAAAAUUGGCCUAAUCCAGUUCAGGCAUAUUUUGCGCCUUCGAUCGGAAAAAUUAUAUCGGAACGGGCCAAGUUUGGAAAAUACAGCCGGGGCAGUACCACUAUCCAAUUCAGUGUUUUGAUUUUGUUCGGAACAAUUGCAGUAAAGUGGCAUGAAAUGUUGUUCUGUUGUAUUAAUAAAUACAUCACUCGAUUAUGUUUCUUGAUUCAGUCAAGACGUUCUUGGACGAUGUAUGAUUCUAAUUGAUCAGUUGUCGGUAGUCUCGGUAUCUAUGCUUAUUGACAGUUUUAUUCAUUUCCUACUUGCUUAUGUCGCUUACGUACUAGGUCCCUUUGAGAAACAAGGCGUCCACCACGACACCUCUUUAUUGUCAGUGAUUCGCUACCAUUUUUAUGAUUAGAGUAUUAAGGUGGUCCCAAGAUUUAAAAUAAGAUUUUGUCAGGGUCAGUUCUCCAUUUCGGAUUACUGAUGCAUCCAGAUCACAGAUUGGGCCCCUUAUAGGCGCAAAAAUCCUACGUAAGGUCCGAUUCUAGAAAGCCAGUAAUGCCCACAUUCAGUUCAUGGAUUACCAGCCUAAUACCGCCUUUAUCAUUCUUGGCAUUUUAUGAACAGUCCAAUAUUCUAAUUGAUUAAGUUCAAUCUGUAGCUAUGACUAUUGACGUUCAGUUUUACUUUGCGUUUGUAGAUCGGCUCCUUUAAUUGUUUUUGGUCCUUCAGUCAUCAGUGUUAGGCAUUCUUAAGUGUUUAAAUCAAAUUUCUGAGAGUAAUUUUCGAUGAUUCAUGUUUGCUUUAGGCCUCCUCAACCUAACAAUGUUUCUAUGUACCCAGGACUCUUUCAUUUAAAAAAACAGAAAAGGUGCUAAGGAUGUAAAAGACUGAAUAACAUAAUUUAGAACAUUUUUGCAGUUUUAUUACCUGGACUUUUUUUUGUAAAUUUUAUUUGCCUAAAGCUUCCAACUGGUGAAAUUUUUGAAGUUAUUUUCAUGUUUAGACCAUGUGUUAUGCUCUCAAAUUUCUUGAAUAUUUUCAAAAGUUUUAUGUUGCAAAAAAUCUGCAAGACUUACAAAGAGUAACCCUAAUUUUCUGAAAAGAAAGCUCAAUUGAUUUUGUGAUAUUUUCUGAAAAUAAAAAACAAGUAUAAGAAAUAUCAAAUGUACAUUCAAUCAUUCCAACAAAAAGUGGACGAUCUUCAAGGACUUUUUUUUCAACUCUCAAAGUUAUUUUUUUGUAUAAUUUUUAUGCUUAAACGCUAUUUUGCAAAAUAAAAAACAAAAACACAAAUAAUAAUCCCAAUGAAGUCCCUUUAUAUGCAUUACAUUCACAGAGAAGCUUUUCUAUAUUAUGCACUUUCUUUUAAAUUUGCGAGUUACUUUAUACAAGAUCUAGUUGAAUAUAAUUUCUUUUAACAUACCAAAGUAUCACAAGAGAAUGAAAAAUAUUUAUUGAUCGUACCACGUAAUAUAAAGAUAUAAUAUUUGAGGAGAGAUAGAUUAAAAAAAAAAGAUGGUUGAUUUUUUUUAAAGGAGAAAUCGAAUCACAUUCCUUACUUUGCAUUGCAAAAAUAAAUGAGAAAAUUAGUGAGAAAAAAAUAUAUAUUUAUUAAAAAAUUAUGAAUAUGAGAAGAAACUAAAAAAAAAUAUUAAGAUUUCAGAGACCGAAAAUGUAUUUUGUAAAUAAGUAACUGACAUGAAAAAACUAUGAGGAGAGAAUCAUGAAUCUCUUCCCAUCACUAUUGCACUUUAUAUGAAAAAAAAAAAUAUUGUUACUAUAUGGAACUCUAAUUCGAGUAUUUAUUUAAUCAAAUUUUAUCUAAAAAAAAAAACAUUUGUAAUGUGUUUCUUUAGUGAAAAUAUGAGACACUUAUGAGAUGAAAUAGUUAUUAAAUUUGAAAUACAAAACUAGUGUUUACUCUUUCUAUCGGGCGAAACAUGUGACUUUGACAAUUCCGAGUGCAUUUGCUUUGUUAUCAACGUGGCUGCAUCAAGUAAACAACGAGCAAAUCAUUAACAAAUAAUAGUGGAAAACGCUGGUAAUACGAUAUUUACGUGACUUUAAAAGAUUGUUUAAGCACAGGCUCUCUAAAACCAACCUGUAGCAAUUAGUGAUCCUAAAAAUAUUUACAUCAGGAAUAGCUGCAAAUUUCUUGUAUUGCUGCUUCAUUUAAUUCAACGCGUAAUCACUUCUUUCACCUCAAAAGUUCAUUGAUAAUUGACACAAAAGAUUUGGAAAGCUUUUCAAUCACCAUUUAUUUGAAUCUCUCUAAUAUCUUGCUGUCCUGGUAACAAAGACACGACGGUGUGGGCGUUAUGAGAAAGAUGGCAACUGUUAUUGAUGGUGGUUUUGCUACUCAACUUACUCAACAUGUGGGCGAUAAAGUUGAUGGGGAUCCGCUCUGGAGUGCCAGAUUCAAUGCCACAAAUCCAGCAGCUGUGAAGGCUGUUCACGUGGACUUUCUGGAAGCUGGAGCUGAAAUUAUCCGCACGAAUACCUAUCAAGCUUCAAUUGAUAAUUACAAGAAACACUUAGGAAUAUCCGAGGAGGACGCCAUAGCUCUUCUUCGGAGUACAGUUGGGUAUGCUCAGGAAGCUCGAGAUGAUUUCUUGAGGAAGACUGAGAAAGACGAGAAGCCUAGGAUUUUUGGCUCAAUCGGUCCAUAUGGUGCUUGUCUGGCCGAUGGAUCAGAAUACAGUGGAAGUUACAUUAAAAGUACAAAUCCCUCAGUUAUUCGGGAAUGGCACAAGUCUCGUAUCACUGUUAUCCUAGAAGCUGGAGUUGAUGGUUUGGCCAUUGAAACUCUCCCAAGUGCCCUUGAAGGGGAAAUCCUCCUGCAGCUCAUGAAGGAGGACUUCCCUGAUGUGAAAUUCUGGCUUUCCUUCCAAUGUCGCAGUGGUUCUGAGACAGCGGCAGGAGAAAAUUAUCGAGAAGCCAUGCGGAAAAUUUGGCAGAUUGUACAAGGAGACAAGAAAAUGCAGGAGAAAUUUCUGGCUGUCGGAGUUAAUUGUCUCCAUCCAGACAAUGUUGCGUCACUUUUCACUGGUCUCAAUGACCCUAGAGCUCCAGCUGACAGCCAAAUUCCACUGAUUACUUAUCCAAACUCCGGAGAGACUUAUGACGUGGUAAAAAAAAAAUGGAUUCCUGGGCAAGCCCAAGAACCAUUGGAGAGUCGCUUGGAGGAAUGGAUAAAGUUAGGUGUCAGAUACGUAGGUGGUUGCUGUAGGAACUAUGCAAGCGAUAUCAGACGAAUACGCGAGACCCUUGACACUCUCUCGCGACAAUUGGCAUCAACUGAUUAGGGAAUCUUGGUCUGGGAGCGCGAGCAAGUGGGAGACAUCAGUGAGAGGCAUCCAAUUGAAUAACAUCGUAUCAGUCGCAGCUGAGACACUGGCCAGCUGAUCACGCCCGUGCUCCACUCUGCAAUUUAUACAGCUUUUCUGUAGACAAGAUUUAAAUUUAGUUGUUUGAUUAUUUCUCAAUAAAUAUUGCAACAUUUUUCUUUUGUAGUUUUUGCA